AUGGUUUUCGUCCCAAUCUCUCAGGCUCUUGAGAAAGCUAUUCAGAGCUAUCCAUUGUUUGAUGAGCCUGCCCUGCCGGCCAUGAGGCUUGGUUAUGGAUCCCUGGAUGGCUCCCUGUCGCUAUAUCAAGUGGUAUACACUAUUUCGAAAUUCUCCCAACCACUGAACUUAUCUACUGCUGGAUCUGUCACCAUAUCCUCUGAUGGCGAUGGCAAGUCGACCUAUAUUAUGCGAAGUGAAAAUCCGGCGAUUGCGGCCAUCUUCUACAAUCAGAUGAACACUAUGGAUUAUGAUUUCAUUAAAGAGAAAUAUGUGAACCGGAAGUUGAUAUACAAAGAUGGCCCCUUCAAGACCACAAUUGUGACUACAAAGUCUGGCAGAGUUCGUGUUUUUAAGGCGUCUUGCAAUCCCGCGGAUGACCAUCUCACCUUGACCUAUACACUGCAUGGAUUUUGGGAUCUCAGCAUGUCCACUUACAACAAGGCCACAGCACAGAAUGUUGCCAAGUGGCUUCUUUGCUACCCGGAUCCUGCUCAAACUCUUCCCUUGAGAGGGCUGUGA